AUGGCUGCUGUCCAGAGAGGGAGGAAAAAGGCCCAGACUCAGAGAAGACAGCAUUAUGGGAGGAAGUCCCAGGCCAAGCAGAGGAAGUCCCAGGACAAGCAAAGGAGGCAGGCCAGGCGGAAACCAGUGGGGAAGCAUGGAAAGAGCCCCCGUGGGAAGAAGCCCUCCCCCACCCCACCCAAUGCCAAGAUGCUGAGGCGGUUGCAACGGGACAACAGGCGCUUGUCAAACAAGGCCAAAGGGCUGAUGAUCUCCUUCAUCAACGACAUCUACAAAAAGGUGUCCACGCAGGCUGAGCAGCUGAGGAAGCUGAGCCACCGCCCCACGAUUGGCCCUUUGCAGGUGCAAGCCGCCCUGCAGCAGGUGAUGCCAAGGAAACGGGUCAGGCGCUCGGCCACCCCAGUCUCGAAGAGGUCUCAGUAG